CAUUUGCUUUUGCUUGAGGCAAAGCUCAGAACCAUAGACAGACAGAGAGAGAGCCAACAGAGGUCUGUGCAAGGGUAUGGGAAUAUCAGCAACACUUUCACUAUGUGGGAUACAACAAUGGCAUACCACUAUUUGGGGGAACGCUGGCAAACAUAAUUUGGAAGUCUGUGUUUUUUGAGAGACCGUCAAGUAUAAUCUCCAGUUUUGUGGGGGUCACAACAGAAUUGGCUGAUGCAUGGACCGGUAGCUUGACAUUGGAAUUGCCUUUCAGGGUUUUAAUCAAGUCGUAAGUUAUUCACUCAUAUAGUGUGAUAUUUAAUGUUUUAUUCUUGUUUUUUUCUAUAAAAUAGCAACAGACUUGACAGCUUAUAUUGCUAAGUAAUCAUGAAAGAUAAGGAAUGGACUUUCCUGGACUUUCUUCCAUGAGCCCCCCACUCCUCCCUCACCUCUGCGGCUAAAUCAGAGGUGAGUGAGGGGAAGCAUCAGGUUGAGGACAGGGUGUUCAUGAUGGGGAACGUCAUGCGUGGCGCUGUGGCCUUCAUCCCCUCCGAGCGCUGCCAGCGUUUCCUGGUGGGCGACCUAAAGGAGAUGCCUCUUGAUCGGACACUAGACCUGAGCAAUUUCCAGCUGCGUCGGCUUCCUAUGGCUGCCUGCCUGUUCAAUGAGCUGGUCAAGCUCUACCUGAGUGGCAACAACCUGAACACCCUACCUGCAGACCUGCAGGACCUGAGGAAGCUGCAGCUCCUAGCUUUAGACUUUAACAGUUUCGAAGAGCUGCCUGCGGCGGUGUGUCAGCUACCCCAGCUUAACAUCCUGUAUCUGGGCAACAACAAGCUCUGGAGCCUCCCCCGGGAGCUGCGUGAGUUGAAAGAACUUAAUACCCUUUGGUUGGAGACAAACCGCUUCAUUGAGUUCCCUAAUGUGGUCUGCGACCUCUCCAACCUCAAGACCCUCCAUCUGGGGUACAACCAGAUAAGCAAACUGCCCAUGGAGCUCAGUGGGCUGAAGGAGUUAAGGAGUAUCUGGCUAGCCGGGAACCAGCUGUUUGAGUUCCCGCCAGUGUUGCUUGCCAUGCACUUUCUGACUGUGAUUGAUGUGGACAGCAACAACAUCUGCCGUUUCCCCGGUCUCUCCCACUUGCAGGGGUUAAAACUGGUAAUCUACGACCACAACCCCUGUGUGAACGCACCUGUGGUCGGGGAGGGGGUCAGGAGGGUUGGACGCUGGGCGGACAGCUCAGAUGAUGAAGAGGAUGGUGAGGAUGGGUCGAAAGUGUAUGAGACGCUGACUGAGGUGAAAGAGCUUGCCACAGAGCUUGCCUCAGAUGGAGAAUUGGACACACUACUUGAAAAGGGUCGUGGAAGAAUCUGACCUUCAGCCGUGGAUAGGCUGGAGAACAGGAUGCCAGUCAAGUGGAGCACUUACUGGAGAGCGGCCAUUUGUCUCGGCAUGUUACACAAGCAGACAGGCCUGAUGGUAUUGGCUUCCAAAUAUGGUAAAGCCAAUAAUAUGGACCUAAACACAGAUGACAAAUAAUAAGCUAUUACAAUUGGUUUUCCAUCAUGAUGAAACAUGGACCUCAUGAAAAGCUCCAGGAGAAAUCUCACAUGAAGUUCUCUAUUACAUAAUUGUCUGCAGACUUGAAUGAAAUUGUGGCUAGUUUUUAGAUAAUUUAACAGGUGAUUAUCCAAUUUAAAUAAUUUAUGGCGACAUGAAGAAAUUCUACCAGGUGUCCCUAUUCAUGAACUUUUGCUGGGGCAGUAUACUGUUUGUAUAGCAUUGAGUACAGAGCAAAUUCUCCUGUGUUAAAUCAAUACUGACUGUGUAAAUUUAACACUGGCCAUUGCUACACAGGUCCACACUUUUGAGUGUUAAAUGAACACUGUGCUUAGUGCUGACACUAUUACACUUUGUCAGUGUUAAGGAAUUAAAACU